CAAUUUUAUCAUAACGUCAACGUCACUACAUUUUAUUUUCAAUUUAUUAUAUUUGUUUACAGCCUAUACGUGUUAGAGUACAUCAUUAAUUUCUAUACAGACAACUUUUCAAUAAUUCGAAGUUCAUGUAAAAUUGUACACAAUAUUAUAUUGAAUGUUGGAACAACGUUAGUUAUUCAGUAUUUCAGUGUCAGUAUGCGUUUUUUGUUGUAAUCCACGUACAUUCUCAAACCUUUAAAAAAUGUAUUUAAAAACCAUUCUUCUCUGUGCUUUUAUUGUUUUAAAUUCCUUAGUCGAAAGCGCUAGGGAAGAACGUCCUAAGAGCCUUGAUCAAAAAGUACAGCAGCUAAAUGAUCUAUACCAAAAGAAAUUUUUGGUUAAAUUUAAUGGUCCUAAAUUUAAAGAAUUCGUCAAAUCACCACCAAGAAACUAUUCGGUUAUCAUGAUGUUUACUGCAAUGGCAUCACAUCGACAAUGUUCAAUUUGCGGGCAUGCUAGUGAUGAAUUUAUAAUUGUAGCAAAUUCAUAUCGCUAUUCCCAUAGACUAACUGAAAGUCCUUUAUAUUUUGGAAUUGUUGAUUUUGAUGAGGGAUCUGACAUUUUUCAAAUGUUGCGAAUCAAUACCGCUCCAGUGUUUAUGCAUUUUCCAGCAAAAGGUAAACCAAAACCUUUAGAUACUAUGGAUAUACAAAGAGUUGGUUUUGCAUCAGAAAUGAUUGCAAAAUGGAUACAAGAAAGAACUGACGUACAAAUUCGAAUAUUCCGACCACCAAAUUAUUCAAGUACAUUGGCGUUAUCCAUCUUAUUUGCAAUAUGCUCAUCAUUUUUAUAUAUCAGACGAAAUAAUAUGGAAAUGUUUUUCAAUAAAAAUUUAUGGGGAGUUUUUUCUGUGUUAUUUUGUCUGAACAUGAUUUCUGGACAAAUGUGGAAUCAUAUUAGAGGGCCACCAUUAAUGCAUCGUAAUCAGCAAGGCAUUAUCACAUAUAUUCACAAUUCUUCACAAGGACAGUUUAUUGUUGAAACCUACAUCAUAAUUAUAUUGAAUACAAUAUUGGUGUUUGGAGCUGUGAUAAUGAUCGAUUCUUAUACAAAGAAAACAGAUUCUAAGACACGUAAAAUAAUGACUGUUGGUGGUUUAGCAUUGGUUGUAUUUUUAUUCAGCGUUAUUCUAUCUAUAUUUAAAUCAAAAGCCCAUGGAUAUCCUUACAGCUUUUUGAUCAAAUAAUGGAGUAUUCAAUGAAAAUCUACUUAAUUUUUUUUUUUUUUUGAUUAUUUAUUAAAAAUUGCACAGACUUAAAAUGUAUCUAUUAAUGGUUAAAACUUUUUCAUUUUAAAUUUAUAUUUGGGUACAACAAUUCUUCAAGACAUAUUUAGUAAUUACUAUUUUCUAAGUACAUUUUAUUUAAAAAUUUAUUAUUGUCCAUAAUUUGCAAUGAAUAUACAAUGGUAACAUUAAAUUUCAAGUUUAAUAUCAAUAUAAAUUUCAUAAAACAAAAAAAUGAAAUAAUCAAAUAAACUGUUGAUUAUUGGUAAAUAUUUCUAAAAUAACUUAUAAUAUUCAAUAUAAUAUGUAAUGUUUAAAAAUAAUUUGUAUUGGUUUAUUUAUUAUCUUUUUAAAGCCUAUAAAAGGUUAUUGAACCCAGAAGUUGGUUUUAAUAAUAUUAUUUAUUAGGAUCCUGAGUAUUCUUAAAACUGAAAUGCUAAUUAAUAAUGCUGCCCAAAAAUCUAGUUGGGAAAUAAUAUUAAAAUAGAUGUUAACAUAAGCCAAACAAUUGAGUACAUACGUAAGACAUUAUUAAUGUAUAAAAAUAUAUGCUGUGGUACAUAAACAAUGGACAUAAAAAUAUUAUUUACACAAGUGGAACCCAUGGAUGGUUAAAUUGAAUUAAAUUUGUAUUUAAUUAAUGAAGUAAUAUACAUAUAAAUAUAUUA